AUGAGAGCCGUCCUGUACCGUCUGCUGCUUGUCGUCCUGCUGACAGCUAACAGUGAGGCUCUGAGGUGUUACACCUGCAUGGGCUCCAAUAACGACGACUGCAACCGCCAAGGCUCCAAGUCCUGCCCAAGCUACUCUGACGCCUGCGCUGUGGUGGUGGGCCAUGACAGUGGCGUGAUGAAGUCAUGUUCCUACAAGGCUUUCUGUAACCAGGCCAGCAGUCAUGGCUACAGAGCACCAGGGGUCAAAGUUCACUGCUGCUACAGCGACGACUGCAACGUGAAAGGCGCCGCCUCUCGGCUGCCUGGACUCAACUUUUGGCUGCUUCUUCUGCUCAUGUUGUUGCACUGA